AGCUGUGAGUCAGCAAGAUAGCAGGACAGACGCUCGGAGCAGGACAGGGUAAACAAGCUUCCUUACAGAUCCUAGGGCAUUUUUCUCCAUGUAUAUCAAAUUUUGGCGCAGUUAUGGCGAGGAUAAAAAGGAUGAAGCCAAUGGAAAGUUGUCCUCUGAUUUAUCUGUCGAACUGGAGGGGGAAAAAGGCAAACAGAGCGAGGUAAACACCUUCUCAGGCAAACAGACCGAGGGAAACAUACGUCUGUACCGUGCUGUGUGUUUAUUCCUCACUAUAAUCUGUCUGAUCCUGCUGCUGGUCGUCAUUGUCCUCAGCACGAAACUCUGCACAGAGAGAGAGGAAACUGCACCAGCAGAGAGGAAACCUUCUCCAUUUGCUCCAACAUGCAGCCAGGAGGAGUGCCAGGCUCUCUUCCCCAACAUUCAACCCCAACAUCUCGGCUGUCGGCAGUGUGCUAAUGGGUGGCUGACUUUUGGCACGUCCUGUUUUUACCUGUCCACCUUCAGGCUGAGCUGGGACGAGAGCCAGAGGAACUGCAGCUCCAGAGGAGGAGCUCUGGCUGUUGUUAGCAACAAGAGAGUUCAGAGUUUCCUGACUACUAAAGGGAAGAUGCAAUACUGGAUCGGGCUGAGACAGAAAGGAGCCAAAUGGUCCUGGGUCAACAACGCUGUGCUGCAAGAGAGUUUUUGGGCAGACCCUACAUCAGAAGGGAACUGUGGGGUACUCGACACUGAGAGUCCACCUGAGAAGAACUGGGACAGAGCUUCCUGUGAACUCUCCAGCUACUUCAUCUGUCAGCUGCAUCUCUGAAAGCCUUUGUCUCUUUUUCAUCAGAAUAAUGAGCAAAACAAUACUCUGCAUCAACUCCUCCAUAACAUUUAAAAUCAUGUCUCUUUCUACUUUACACUCCAAUCAAUAAUAUCCAGCAAGUAAGAAAAUAAAGCUUUUUAGUUAUAGUUGUAUUUGUAAUAGUUUAUAGUUUUAUAUUGAUGCUUUGAGAGCAGAUUUCAUGUUUUAUUUUAUUAUAUAUAUAUUAUAUUUUCUUGUAGCACUGUGCUGCCUUAUUUGUAUUCUACCAUGUCACAUCUAUGCCUUUAAGCUCUUAUCAGAGAACUUCCCUCUUAUAUACUGAAUGAUUCAAAUAACAGCUGUCUGACUUUUUAAAAAACGAGGGCCAGUAAGUUUGUUUGUUUGCUUCAACAAGGUUUUAUUCUCUUAUAAAAAGUUCAUGCAACUACAUAAUAAGUUGAA